AUGGCAGAAGCAGUCGGCCUGGCAUCGGGGGUGCUAAGCUUCGCGUUGCUCGCCUUCAAGUCUAGCAUCGCCCUUUACAACACAAUUCAGGGCAUACGGACCCAACCCAAGCGUGUGCGCGAUCUCGCCAACGAGCUUAGUGCCGUGAGCGAAGUGCUGCACUCGCUCACGGAGAUAAUCGGCAACGCGCCCGGGGACGAUCUAUCCGCACUUGAACUGCCUUUGCGGCGAUGCGACGAGGCGUGCAAAGAGUUUGAGCAAGAGCUCUUGCGAUGCUCCUCGCGGUCUGGCGGCGAUCGCGCUAGCUUCCGAGAUUGGGCCAAGCUGCAGUAUAUGGGCGAUGGCAUCGACGAGUUUACACAGCUUCUCGCAGGCUACAAAUCCACUAUCAAUAUAGCCCUCGCUGAUGCGCAACUGCGCCGAUCCGCAACGACCGCCGAGAAUCUCGAAAAGUAUCAAACAAUGAUUAAAACGACGACCGAUGAUCUCGAGGAUCGUCUCGAGAAUAUCGACGCUAAGCUAGCCGCCAUAAUCGAGCACACUGUGGGCGGAAACGAUGCCGACGCACAAGAGCUACACCGGAUCCGUGCGGAAAGAGAAAGCACGCAGAAAUGUCUUGAAAUCUGCGCACAGUUGGCGAACCACAUCAGUAGAGUCCAACAACGACCUUAUGCAGGCGAUGGUGCUCCUACCCACGAGAACUUCUAUCCGGAACAAGUUACCGAUGAGGGGCUCCAAGAUUGCAAGAAUCGUUUGGUUCAGACCGUCGCAGAUUUGGAAAAACAUAUGCAACACUUGAUGGACCGGCUCAUCGCCAAGUCGUCGACGAAGAUGAGCUCGGAGCAUGACGUGGCGCAGCUCGCUAGACUGCGUGAGGAGUGGACGACUGCUCGUCAGUGUCUCGACAUCUGUUCCAAAGCUGAAAGCCACGCGAAGGAGAACAUUAGCAUCAUUGAUAAUUACGCGACCGGAGACGAUACCGUGCAGUUCUUAGUGUCGACAACUGGGAAAACGAUCCAUGGCAAGAACAGAGGGUACGGAUCGAUGACUCGGCAGGUGGGCGGUCACCUCAGCGAUGCCUCGCUCCAGCAGAUGUCACGCGACAUUACCCGAAUCAGCUUGCAGGCGACCGGGACCGAGAGCGUACCUUCGCACGAUGGUGUGUCGCCUACUACAGACAAUCGGCCGGAGCAUGAGUCUAGCGCUCACUUUGGGCACCGUCACGGGCGCGGAGUCAAAUUGUCAGAAACCACUGUGGAUACGAAGUUCUCGACUCUGUUAACUGUGGACGGAAAAUCGGCCAUCGCACGAUAG